AUGAGAGCAUGUGUGCGCGAGCGCAGAAGAGGACUUUCGAUCUUUGCCGAUCCCCUUUCUCCUUAUUCUCUCAGCUCACCCAAAAUUUGCCUGUACCGGCGGAUAGCUCCCAUCAGUUUGCUCUUCUUAGUCGCCCGAUUGAGGUUGCUCGUCCUCCACCUCAAGUCACCCGCGCAGCUCGUUCUGCCACAGGGCCACAGCCCUCUCAGAUCCAGCUUUUUUAUAAGGAUGAUGACGUUGUGUUCUUCCCCAAGUGCUCAAGCCAGAAUCAUUAUCCAAAUUUCCGCUGAAGGAGCAUCACAGAUGGUACUUACUGGAGUUGGUUUGGUUGCUCGACGGAGCUGGAUGGUGCCGCUGGAGGAAGACAAUGCCGGAGUUCCACUGGUUGUUCGAACUUGACCUCGAGGUGUUGUUUGCUGGAGGAAGAUGUAGAAGUUUUACUCUAAAUCUAGAGGACAACGAACCUUUGAUCUGGCUGAAGAUGGAUGAGUUUUUGAUAGUUGGCAUGAUGGAAAGAGAGCCGGAGAGAUAUUCUAUUUUGCAUUUUUUUGGUCUCUGUACAGGUUUGAGAGAUUGUACCCUGUACGGGCUGUUUUUUUAUACAUGUUAUUAAUGUUAAUGUUAAUUUUUUU